GUAUAUGUAAAUACAAAUGUAUCGAUAACUCAUACAAACGGUGUUGUGCUCAUUUUUAUGUACAAAUCAUACGCCAGCAAAUGUUAAAAUUAUUCACAUAGCCAAUAAAAACUUGUAAUUAAUCUAAUAUUGCGCUCCGAAAAUUAAUUUUUUACAUGUAAUAGAAAAUAUGGCAGGAAUUUGCAAAAAAAAAAAUUGAUUGAAAUAACUAAAAAUCUACUCGCAGGAUACUUCGUUCACUAUUUUAAGUUAUCGAUUAAUUGUUUUCAUCGCAACAUCAUCUGCUAUUUAUUGAAUAAAAGAAAUUGGGUUUCAGCUUCUGUUUACCUAACUAACUAAAAACUCAGUUUCGUGACUGAAAAUGUUGCGCAGCUUGUGUAGUCGUUUGGAGCCACACAGCUUGGUGUGUGCCUUCACGCGUGGAAUGUCGGCAUAUCCGCCACAUUAUAUUGAAGCAAUAUUCUCGAAAAAGAAGCAGCUGAACCUUAAAGAAACCAAUGAGUACAUCAAGUUGUCACAUAUGCCAAUUAAAGCAGCGCGAAAUGAUGAAUCUGAAUCGAUAUUUUACAACGAAUUGGUAAACAAAAUGGUGAAUUAUAUAACAAAAGGUGGCAAUAAGAAGCUAGCCAGAGAAUUGUUAACCAAAUCAUUUGAAUGUAUGAAGCGCGUCCAGAUCGAGCGCAUGAACUUGAAUCCUGAUGUCAAAAACACGAUAAUUGCCGAUCCGGAACAAUUGUUGAUUAAGGCAAUUGAAAAUAGCCGGCCACUCUUACAGUUGACCGCAAUCAAACGCGGCGGCGUCAAAUAUCAAGUGCCCAUCCCAGUGACUGAAAAACGAUCAUAUUUUCUAGCUAUGAAAUGGAUACUGGAAGCAGCCAGAGAAAAGGAGCGAAAAGUGCAUUUACCAGAAAAGUUGGCAUGGGAAGUAUUAGAUGCGGCUUACAAUCAAGGACGUGUGGUGAAAAAGAAGAAUGAUCUGCAUCGACAAUGCGAAGCUAAUCGCGCUUAUGCUCAUUACAGAUGGAGUUAAAAAGUUGUUUGUUGAGUAGUAUUAUAACAAAAUGUGGUGCUUUAUGUAAAACACAAAAUAAAAUAACAAAAUUUAUGAAUAUGUA